AUGGCCGGACCCAAGUACGGUUGCGGUGGCGGUGGCGGAAAACCGAAGAGAGGGGCUGCCAUGCUUUCUGUACUGAAAGUCGGUGGCUGCCACGUCAUGUACGUGGCUGGAGGCCCACGUGGCUUACCGGAAGCAUCGGCGGCGGGGGAGACGAGAUUCCCCAGAAAUCCACUUGCGUGGACGAGUGCUUUCCGAUGGAUCUGGCUGGGGCUGAACGUCGUUUGCCUUCAACACAUGAAUAAAACGUUGGGCCCACCAACUUCCAGUCCGGAAAACGCUGUGGCCACGAGCUUCUCUUUUCCACCGCCGGCGCUCCCGGUGCGCAACGUGGGUCCGGUCGUGUACAUGACGUGGCAGCUACCGACUUUCAGUCCGGAAAGCGUGGCAGCUACUCGCUUUGGUUUUCCGCCACCGCCACCGGAACUGUACGUGGGACCGACCAUGUACGUACCGUGGCAGCCACAGCUCCCGAGUUUGGAAAUCAUUGGGCCUCGGGCUUCAGAUUUCCACCCCCACCGGAGUAUUACGUGGGCCCGGCCUGGUUUAACGUGA